AUGGCUACCCCUAGUGUCCUAGCUUUUGAUGCUGAGGGUCGCGCCAUUGAUUUUGAGGUCUGGUUAGACGACCUGCAGCUGUUCUUACAGUGCGACAGGGCUGACGACCUUUCUCUCUUUGAUCUCACCUCUGGCGCCUCUCCUGCUCCUGCUGCUGAUGCUGAUCCCGCUGUCCGCUCUAAGUGGGCCACCCGCGAUGCUGCUGCACGUCUUGCUGUGCGUCGCCACCUCCCUACCUCUGAGCGUGCGCACUUUAGUCAGUACAAGAGUGCUCAGACCUUGUACGACGCUGUAGUUGCGCGCUACUCCUCCCCUGCCACUGCUGCACUGAGCCGUCUCAUGCUUCCCUACCUCUUUCCUGACCUCUCUGCCUUUCCCACUGUCGCUGACCUCAUUACGCACCUCCGCACUAGUGACCCUCGCUACCGCGCCGCCCUUCCUGCCGAGUUCUGCGCUAAGAACCCCCCCCCCAUGUACAUCGCUCUCUACUACGUAGUCGCGCGCCUCCCUGACUCCCUUCGCGUCGUCAGGGACCACUUUCUCGCAGUCUGUCCCACCACCCUCACCGUCGACCUCCUCGAGAAGGCCCUCCUUGCAGCGGAGAAGAGCAUAGUCGCUGUAGGUGCUUCUCGUGGUGACCCUCGCACCCCCAUCUUUGAGGGGUGCUCUCCUUCCCCCUUGCUGCCCUCUGUUGCCUCUGCUGCUGCUGCCGACCUGCUUGGUCUUGAGUCGGUCGGCGCGGCGUCUGCCCCUAGUGGGAGACGUCGCUCCAGCAAGGGCAAGGGGGGCAAGGGCGCGGGUGGAGCUGGAGGGGGCGGUGGCGGUGGCGGCGGUGGCGGCGGAGGGAGUGGGGGUGGCGGCGGGACUAGUGGCGGGGGUGGUGGUGGUGGUGGUGGCAGCAGCGGCGGAGACGGUGGUGGUGGUGCCAGCGGUGGUGGUGGAGGCAGCGGCGGAGGUGGAGGCGGCGGAGGUGGAGGCGGUGGAGGCGGCAGCGGAGGAGGCAGUGGUGGUGGAGGAGGUGGAGCUGGUCGGGGUGGUACCCAGCAGCGUAGCGGCGGUGGUGGUGGCCAGCGCUCGCACCGGCAGCAGCAGCAGCGCUCGCGGGACAUCCCCUCGCCUCAGCAGCUUCGUGAGUGGUACGCUGGGCGUCAGAGGGGUGGGGGUACUGGUCCCUGCACCUACGUUCUUCGUUCCGGCGACCACGCGGCGAUCUUUGAUCUUGAUUUUGAUGCUAUCCUUACUGCUAUGUAUGUUGUGGAUUAUAGUGAGGAGAAUGAGGGUUACCGUUGUUUCCAGCCCGACCCGGGCAUUGGUACUGCUGCGCUAGGUGCUUGUGAGGCUACUGCUCUAGGUGCCAGUGCGUCUGCGCUCUCAGGUACUGGUGAGACUGCGCUCUCAGGUACUGCGUCGUCCUCGUCCUCCCUCACUUUCACACUUGACUCCGGAGCUUCUCACUCCUUCUUUCGAGACCGCACUACCCUUACGCCGCUCGGCCGGCCGGUUGCAGUCUCCCUUGCUGACCCCUCUGGAGGUCCUGUCCUGUCUCACUUCUCCACUAUCCUCCCGUGUCCGGCUGCCCCUUCGGGCACCCUGUCGGGUCUGUACCUUCCCUCGUUCUCCACAAACUUGGUGAGUGGAGCGGACCUGCAGGAUGGGGGUGUUCACCAGUUCACUCCUGCGAGUCAGCGGGUGACCCACUGCACGGAGGCACGCACAGGCCGACACCUGGCCACGUUCUCGCGUCGGCCGAGGUCGAGUCUCUACACCCUGACCGUUGAGUCUCCUCCUGUCCCUGCGUCUGGUCAGGUGGCUGCGUCGGGUCAGGUACUUGCUGCUGCGUCCCGGUCAGGUCCUGAGUCUGCCCCCUGUUCUUGUCGCCUCCUGUCUCACGAGACUCUCCUGUGGCACCACCGUCUUGGCCACCCCUCCUUGCCCCGUCUUCGGAGCAUGGCUUCCCGUGUCCUUGUCUCUGGUCUUCCCCAGUCUCUCCCUCCUCUCCCCUCCGGGCCAGGACCUUCCUGUGUCCCCUGUGUCGAGGGUCGCCUCCGGGCUACUCCUCACGCCUCCCACUUCCCCCCGACAGAGGCUCCCCUGCAGACGCUUCACAUGGAUGUGUGGGGCCCAGCCCCCGUCCGUGGGCAGGGUUACGAGCGCUACUUCCUGUUGGUGGUUGACGACUACUCGCGUUACACCACAGUCCUCCCCUUGCGCAGCAAGGGUGAGGUCACUGAGGUGCUGAUCGACUGGAUCCGCGAGGCUCGUCUCCAGCUCAGGAAGAGCUUCGGCUCGGACUUUCCUGUUCUGCGUCUGCACUCUGACAGAGGCGGAGAGUUCUCUUCUCGCCUUCUGCGAGACUACUGUCGCGCACGGGGGAUCCGCCAGACCUUCACGCUUCCGGACUCACCACAGCAAAAUGGGAUUGCUGAGCGCCGCAUUGGCAUGGUCAUGGAUGUCGCUCGUACGUCCAUGAUGCAUGCGGCUGCCCCCCAUUUUCUGUGGCCGUUUGCGGUGAGGUACGCGGCGCAUCAGCUCAACCUUCACCCCCGGGUCUCUCGGCCUGCGAUGUCCCCAGCCUUGCUGUGGACGGGGAAGGUUGGCGAUGCGUCUGUGUUCCGUGUCUGGGGAUCUCGGGCGUUUGUCCGCGACUUGUCUGCGGACAAGCUGUCCCCUCGUGCUGCUCCCUGUGUUUUCCUUGGCUUCCCCACUGACGCCCCAGGGUGGCAGUUUUACCACCCCUCCUCUCGUCGUGUUCUGUCCUCCCAGGACGUCACGUUCGACGAGUCAGUCCCCUUCUACCGUCUCUUCCCCUACCGCACUCCUUCCCUCCCCCCUCCCCCGGACUUCCUUGUGCCGGUUCCCCCCCCGGUAGACCCCCUCUCCCCUCAGGUUCCUGCCCCCUCAGGUGUGUCCCAGGUAGACGCCGUUGACCCGGUCGAGGUUACUGGUGACUCUGGUGCUGCUGCGGGUGCUGAGCCUGGGGGUGCUGACUCUGGGGGUGCUGUGCGCGGGGGUGCUGAGCCUGGGGGUACUACUGUUGGGGGUGCUGGGCCUGAGGGUGCUACUGCGGAGGGUGCGGAGCCUGGGGGUGCUGAGCCUGGGGGUGCUGUGCCUGGAGGUGCUGGGUCUGGGGGUGCUGGGUCGGGAGCUGCUGAGCCUGGGGGUGCUGAGCUGAGAGCUGCUGAGCCUGGGGGUGCUGCGUCUGGAGCUGCUGAGCCUGGGGUUUCUCCUGCUGCUGCGUCUCGCCGGGAGCCCCUCUCUCCACAGGAGCUGCGCGAGUGGUUCGCUCGCCGCUGGAGGCGUGCUGCUGAGUCUGGAGGUGCUGCUGGAGCUGGAGCUGGAGCUUCUUCGACCGUCGAGGGUGCGGGUGCUGCCGGUCCCGGAGCUGCUGGACCUACUGGUCCUCCUGGAGCUGGAGCUGCUGAGGGCGUUGGUGCUGAGCCUACUGCUGUUGGUCCUGCCGCUGGAGGUGUGGGUGGCGCUGGUGCUGUCGCUGAGGGUACUGGUGCUGUCCCUGCUGAGUCUGGAGCUGCCGCGCGGCCUCGGCCGUACUUCGUUCCGCUCCUGCAGCAGGUUCUUGGUCUUUCUCCUCCAGUAGAGGGUCCACCGCCUGUCCAGUCGCAGUCCCUACUGGAGCCUUCCUAUCCACUGCCUGCUCCCUGUCCUUACACUGGUCCUACUGGAGGUCUUGCUGAGCGUCGUGAGCCUGCGUCUCGUCCCGCGUCGCCUUCGGACUCUCUUCGUGCUGCCAGUCCUACUGUCACGCGUCUGCUUGCUACUGUCGUCACUGACCCCUCUUUUGAGUCCACGGCUGCGUCUGCUCUAGUCGCUGAGCUCGUCGACUUUGCUGCUCGCUGUCGUCUCGACUACGCUGCUAGUCUUGUUGCUGAGUCUGCGUCUGUCUGUCCUCCGUCCGUCGGGGGUGAGUGUGCUCUUGGCACGGACGUCCUAGAGGACAGGCAGGAGGAGUUACAGUGUCUAGCGGCUGCUUCACCUCAUCUCGCGUCUGUACUGCUUGCCCCUGAGGGAGACCCGGAUGCACUAGACAUCCCGACUCCGCGUUCUUACGCGGAGGCCGUAGAGGGUCCCUACUCCUCUCAGUGGCAGGCAGCUAUGGAUGCAGAGAUGGCUUCCUGGAAGUCCACAGGCACCUACGUUGACGCGGUUCCCCCUCCUGGGGCAAACAUCGUCAGUGGCAUGUGGAUCUUCAGGGUGAAGCGGCCGCCGGGCUCUCCACCUGUCUUCAAGGCACGGUACGUUGCUCGUGGCUUCAGUCAGCGGCAGGGAGUUGACUACUUUCAGACCUUCUCUCCCACCCCGAAGAUGACUACUCUUCGGGUGCUGCUACACAUAGCCGCUCAGCGCGACUACGAGCUUCACUCUCUCGACUUCAGCACUGCGUUCUUGCAGGUCUACGGUCUCCGUCAGGCACCGCGUGAGUGGCACGACACACUGAGGACUACGCUUGCGGCUCUUGGGUUUGCUCCUUCUACUGCUGACCCGUCGCUGUUUCUUCGCACCGACACUUCCCUGCCGCCGUUCUACAUCCUCGUGUACGUCGACGACUUGGUCUUUGCCACAGCGGACACUGCUGGACUCGCCUACGUGAAGUCCGAGCUGCUGAAGAGACACACGUGCACAGACCUGGGUGAACUGCGCAGCUACCUUGGCUUGCAGAUCACUCGGGACAGAGCACGCCGCACCAUUACCUUGACUCAGUCACACAUGGUGCAGCAGGUCCUUCAGCGCUUCGGCUUCACGUACUCCUCGCCUCAGGCCACUCCUCUGCCUACUCGCCACUCACUCUCAGCUCUGCCUUCGGAUGAGUCCGUAGAGUCGAGUGGCCCGUAUGCAGAGCUUGUUGGCUGCCUCAUGUACCUGAUGACCUGCACACGACCUGACCUUGCAUACCCUCUGAGCAUUCUUGCUCGCUAUGUUGCUCCUGGGAGACACAGACCAGAGCACAUGGCUGCAGCGAAGAGGGUAUUGCGCUACCUGUGCAGCACAUCGGGCAUGGGGCUAGUGCUUGGAGGGCGGAGUCCAGUGGUCCUUACCGGCCACGCGGACGCUUCUUGGGCUGACGACCAGGCUACGCAGCGCUCGUCACAGGGUUACACCUUCAGCCUUGGUUCCGGCUCUGUCUCGUGGCGGUCUACUCGCUCGUCUUCGGUUCUCGGCUCCAGUUGUGAGGCUGAGAUCUACGCCGGGGCCAUGGCUGCACAGGAGCUUCGCUGGCUCACCUACCUGCUGACUGACCUUGGAGAGCCGCCUCGUUCUCCUCCAGUGCUGUACGUAGACAACAAGGCCAUGCUGGCCUUGUGUCGAGAGCAGCGCUUGGAGCACAGAACGAAGCACAUUGCUCUCCGCUACUUCCUUGCUCGUGAGCUGCAGCAGCGUGGUCAGUUGCGACUUGCGUACGUGGCCUCUGAGGCCAACACUGCUGAUGUGUUCACCAAGGCACUCACGCCUUGUGACCAUCAGCGCUUUUGCACCCAGCUGGGUCUUGUGCCUGUCUUGCCUCACUUGCUCUCCUCUUGA